AUGAGAGCCAUUCAGAUCACCAAGCCAGCAAACGCUGCUGCCCCGAGGUUGUCGCUUAUUAUAAAACCUCAACCGAGGGCGCAACCGGGAUUUGCCCUCGUCAAGGUCAACUUCUCUGCCAUUUUGCCUUCUGAUCGCCUGAAUGCGAAGGGACUAUUCCCAUAUACUUCGUUCCCACGCACACCUGGGCGUGACUAUUCCGGCGUCGUUGUCGAGGUUGAUCCGUCAUCUUCCUUUUCCAGUUGGGUUGGAGGGGAGGUCUACGGAACUAGCGACUCGGAACUUGGAUUCACGAUCGAUGUCCCUCACGCCGAGUACUGCCUCGUCCCCGAGGAAAUGCUAGUGAGGAAACCCAUCCGCACGGUCGGAUCCACGGCAGUCCAGGUGGCCAAGGCCAUGGGCUGCAAGCGCGUCUUCCAAGCGUCUCGAAACCCAGAGGAUGAGCCGGACAUCCUCCUUCCCGGACGAAUUGCGGCAGCUAGCAUCCAGGAGCAAGUCUCGAAGUUGAACGACGGCAAGGGUGUGGAUGUAGUUGUUGAUACCGUGGGACAGCUCUCGCUGAUGAAAGCGGCCUUCGAGGCUCUCGCUGUUCGUGGGCGUUACACGUGGAUUGCCGCUCCUCGAGAUGGCAGCUCGCCAGAGUUUCCGUUGGACAUUUUCCAAGCAUACCGGAAAGAAAUUGAGCUCAUAAGGUGCAAUACUGCGAUAAAAUCCAAGGCUGAUGUAGCCGAGGAGAUGGAAACCUUGGCUGAGUGGUUCAAUGUUGGAAUGAGGCAUCUGAUGAGGAGGAUGUGGGAUUAG